AACCAUUGUAUAUAAUGAUAUAAAGCGGCUCAGAAUCUUUGCUCUGUGUUUCGUAUUCUCUACUUGUUUUCUAAGCGCUCGGAUCUCUCUCUCUCUCGGAAGCUCGAUUCUCUGCCCUUCAAGCAGAUGGCGGCAACACAGGAAGCCAGUUCUUCCCCUGCUCCCAGUGCACAAGUGGUUGGGAAUGCGUUUGUUGGGCAGUACUAUCACAUCCUUCACCAUUCUCCCCAAUUGGUGCAUCGGUUUUAUCAGGAUUCUAGUUUACUAAGUCGUCCAGAUGUCAAUGGAGCGAUGACAACAGUGACGAGCAUGCAGGCUAUAAAUGACAAGAUCAUAUCCCUGAAUUAUGGAGACUAUACAGCAGAAAUAAUAACUGCCGAUGCUCAGGAGUCUCAUGAGAAAGGAGUGAUUGUUUUGGUAACAGGAUGCCUAACUGGCAAGGAUAAUUUGAAGAGAAAAUUUUCCCAAACAUUUUUUCUUGCUCCUCAGGACAAAGGCUACUAUGUCUUAAAUGAUGUGUUAAGAUAUGUUGAAGAGACUGAAUCUAUUCGAAGUAACUCUUCUUCUGGUGAUGCCAACAAAGAGAAUACGACAACAGCUACUUCAACACCAGAACCGGAACCAUCUCAUGCUCCCAAUCAUCUCACUGUGGAUCCUGAAAUGUCAUUGGAAGAGGAAGAUAUGAAUAAUGAUCCUGAAGUUUGUGACCCUUCCAGUAAUGAGGAAGGAUCGGUGAUCGAAGAGGAGGAGGUUAUUGAACCCCCGCACCCAAGUGAGCACGAAGUAGUUGUGACAGUAGACUCAGCCCCUGUUGCCCAAGAAGAUGCUCCAAAGAAGUCGUAUGCAUCAAUUGUCAAGGUACCAAAGACAGCAUCGGGUCCUGUUUAUGUUGCAACUAGUUCUGUUAGAGCACCACCUCCUACCAAUACUGAUCAUCAGUCUAUUGGCCUGGUUAAACCUGCGACGGUUCCUGAUGUUUCUGCAGCAAGUGGUGACAACCUUCCUGAAAGUAGUAACCUUCAUGAGGAAGCUGAAGGUCACUCCAUAUAUGUCCGGAACUUGCCAUUUGAUGCAACGGUUGAACAACUUGAGGAAGAGUUUAAGAAAUUUGGGCCUAUUAAGCGCGAUGGUAUCCAAGUUAGGAGUAAUAAGCAAGGAUUUUGUUUUGGAUUCGUUGAAUUUGAGCAAUUGAGCUCUGUGCAUGGUGCACUCGAGGCUUCGCCAGUCACAAUCGGUGAUCGUCUAGCUGUUGUCGAGGAGAAGAGAACUACCACUCGAGUUAGCGGGAGUGGCAGAGGGAGGUUCUCUACGGGAAGAGGAGGCGGAUUCCGCAAUGAUAGUUUCAGGGCAAGAGGGAACUACGGUGGUGGCAGGGGCUACGGUAGAAACGAGUUCAGAAACCAGAGUGAGUUCUCAGGACGACCUCGGGGUGGUUCGACUGGACGCAAUGGGGAAGGUUAUCAACGGGCGAACCAGAACGGAGGUGGAAGGGGAGGAGGUCGUCAGGGUAUGGCAAAUCGCGCUGCGGUUUCUGGUUGAACAGUUAAGCAAGAGAUACGUUGACAAUUUUUUUGACAGUAAAAUUGAGGAUGAGCUCUACUUUUCUCUUCUUUUCUUCUUCUUCUUUUUUUUUUUUUGGAAUUUUUCCAUCUUUGAAUGUGGGCGGUUUGGGGUUUGGGAAAUGUUAGGAUAUUAAUGCGGUAGAAGAAACUGAAGGUCCUCCCUAAAUUAGUCAUUUACAUUAUGUGAGAAGAUAGUUUUGAUUUUUUUUUUUUUACCCCUUAACGCUUCAUAAAGCUGUAUGCCGUUAAAGCUGUUUUGAUGCAAGAUCUUUUUGCUAUUAUUAUUACAUUAUUAUUUUGGGGUAA